AUGACGCUCUCCGUAGCGAAAGUCAGGGAAGACAAACUAACAAGCGCUGGUAAAUUGUCGUUCGUCGAGCCUAUAGUACGUCAAAUUAAUGCUAACCUAAAGAACGCUGUUUUCACCAGUACCCCGACUGACAAUAGAUAUAAUCUCAACCUUGCAGUGCAAUACGCUUUGGCGGCUCUAACCUCUACCGCCAGGCAAACUGCCAAUGCGCUUGAAUCGCUUACGUCUACCAAAGACAAGACCAUACGUACGAUUACGAAGUUUAAUCUCAACUUCACUUUGGAGGAAGCUAUUAAAGAUGCACAGAAAAUUAAGGAUGUACUUGGAAAUGAUAGGGGAGACGGCGUUCAGAUAGGCGAUAAGCUUACCAAAGCAUUAGAGGAAUCAAAAAUGGAAAUUGACAAGCUCCAUAACAAUCUGAGCACUGCGCUUACAUCCUUCUCCGCCAUUUCGUCCGCCAAACUUGUUGCUCUUGACGACAGCGUUGAGAGGAGGGUGGAAAGCAUACUGACCGAAUACAUUGGCUCUGAUGAUGAUAUCAAAUUUGAUACUAUCAUGACAAAUUACAAACAUAACACGACGGAGAACAGCAGCCUUCAGAGAGACAUCACUGCCAUACAGACUGAAAUAGGUAAAACGUUUAUUUCAGGCACUGAUAUGCUUGACACUCAAAAACUUGGGGACUACGGUACAGACCAAACAUUGCGUGAUGAAUCCAUUGCUCAUCUGCAGCAGACAAUUUCCCACUUAGAAAAUCUCCCCCAACAUGUUGCCGAAGCAAAGGUGGAAGCAGUUGAAAAAAUGGAAGAGUUGAGGAAAGAAAUUCGAAUCAUUAAGAACAUGAUACGAAAUUCUGUUGAGGAAGCCAUCAAUACUGCCUCCACGCAGUUGGAUGAUGCAAUGCAGGCACUCCGUGUUACCGUCAAAGAUGCCCAUGAAGGCUGUCAAACUGCACUUCAAUCUCUCCAAACCAAAAUGUUGGAACACGCAAGAGCAUCCUUCCUAACAGUUACCAACCAAGUGCAGACUCUAUUCGCGGAUACCCAUUUCGCAGAUUUGUUAGCUCUCAAAACUCUCGUUGUAGAGCAAAUUGCAGCAAUCGAAAACAUCAUAAAGCGCGGCCUAAAAACCGGUUUAAAAGGUUUCUUAAAAGUCAUGUACGGCAAGGAUGAAACGGGUGGUCAACUCGGUGCCCUAGUUAAAGAGCUGAACGCUAAUCAAAAUGUUGAGUUAUCAUCACUAAAAUUAAGGGAUUAUCUGGACUAUAUAUUACAAUUCAUAUAUUUCCAAAUUUUAAAUCAGAGAGAUCCCCCCAAGCCCACCGUCGGUGGAGACCAUGCUGAAGACGUUAAGAAAGUCCAAGAAAAUUUAGAUGAAAUACUUGUGCAUCUUGCCAGAGAUAAGAAGCUUAAAAUAUAUAAUUACGAUAAUAAAUUCGUCUCUUUACUCUCCCACCUCUCCACCUCCCUCCACUCCCUAUCCCCCUCCGCCUUCGCCAACCCCCGGCACCCGGAGCUGCUCGAUGCGGUCAAAAAGGGGCUGCAGGGGUUUGUCGAGCAGAUGGAGCGGGUGUAUGUGAACGGGUAUGAUGAUGGAAAACCUAUUAAUUGGGAUACAUUUAAGCUUGUUAGACCAAAAAUUGACGCCAAAAAAUCUGAUGGAGAUUCUGGCUCAAACGAGGAGUUGACGGAUGACGGUAGGAGGUUGUCCAAGAUCUUCCUCACGCUUUUUAAUAUCAUUCACGAAGACAUUUCGAUGUUAAAAUAUGAAUGUGAAGAUGAGUGGAGCAACAAAAAACUUUGUGAAACUGAGGGAGGCGAGGAUAACCCGCUUGGUUCAUACCUUCGGCGUUGCGGUUAUGCAGUAGCGAAAACGGAGAACUCUAAGGACGGUGAAUCGCAAUGUAUAACUAGCAUGACCGGCAAAAAGGUUCUUGGCAAGCUCAACGAAGAAAUAAAGACUCUCAACGUUGUUGAUCAUUUUAAGACGUGCGAGUCGAAUGAAGCAGAUAAGACAACGAAGCAGAAAAAAGCUGAUAAAUUUGACAUUUUCGAUAUGCUUAAAUGCUUCCUCAAUCACAUUGACAAGUACUAUGACGUCUGUCAUAUGGCCACAUUAAAUUCAACCAGAAAGCCGUGUAGCGUGUUCGAAAUGUUAGUUUGGCUUUCGGGUCUAACACACAAUCCAGCUAAACAAGACUUGUUUAUCAACGGACUUCGUCCGCCAUUCGAAAAUGAAGUUGAUGAGGCAGCAGUGAGUGAGGAAAGCUUCUUGUCAUUAGAAGCUGACAAACCGUUGUCCUUAGAGGCGUACCCAAGGUACAUACCAUAUGAUAAAAUAUGUGACGCCGUAACAUACGCUUGUGCAAACGCCUAUGAUGUACUGACCACGGUUGCAGGUACAGGCGACGCCGAUACAAUCUACGGCAGUGAUUUCUGCAAUAACUCCAUGAAAUUCCACUACCCGGCGUCAGGUGAAGAUUGCCUCGACAUGCUCCUGGACAUCUUGCGUAGAGUUCUACCGACGUUGAUGUUUUUGAAGAACCAAUGCAAACUCAAAGCUGAACAUCACGGUUGGUACGACUGCGAGUACGGUAUGUACACCGCUCCAGCCAAAUGGCCGUGCAAGGAGCACUCAAGUGACAAAGCAACGAGCCAACCAAUUAAGCAACCAAAGUGCCAACCAACGUGCGAGGCAAACAGCAAAGUAAACUGCCAACCAACUUCCCCUUUAAUGUCCUAUUUGAAUGAUUGUCUUCCUGGUCAUUUACCGCACCAACUCAGCAAAAUCGGUUGCAAAUAUGAGUGCGCUACCUGUCCAUCCACCUCUAGAAAAGGAAUGCCAUGUCUAACUCCACUUGGCUUUAGAUGUUUUUCGGGUAGUACAAAAACGGGCAAACAGCUGUGUGAAGUGCUAAGCAAAUUCGUCGGUAUAAGGUACCUCACAGGGCUAUUCUGCCUCGUUCCCACACCUCCGUCCACGCUGGCUGAGCACUUUGGAUUCUCGUUGUCGCUCGUAAACGGUCUUAAUGCGAAAACGGAACUGAAGAAUGAUAACAUAGAAGCACUUAAGAAUGCAUUCGGUGCAUCUAUCACGAAGCAGUCCGUUAAGCUUUACACCGACCAGUCGACACUAACUGCAACACUCACCAACGCAUAUGGUUCGCCGUCUCCUAAGCAUGGUAAAUGUACAGCUGCCCAUCUUAGGAAUCUUGUCACGUCUGAUAGCUGCAAAGACAAGGACAACCUGGAACUUGAGUGCGGCUCCUAUAUUUCCACACUAUGCCGCCAUUCUCAUCGUUACCUUGCUGAGAAGCAUGCUAGCCUCUACCUGUCAUGGGCUGUCUACCUCCCAUGGAGCUUUUGGGCGAAUCUUAAAAAUUUGUAUGACGCGUUUUGCAACAUUUACUGUCAAGACUGGGGCUGCCGUGGCUGUUUAAGAGGCGACAAGUGCAAACGCGGAGAUCAUGGAUCAAUAAGUGACGCCUCCAAAAAACCUAAUUGUCAAUGCCACUCUAUUGUUGAUUGCAAAGGCGUCGCUCCGACGUUGUACAGUUAUGGGUUCUCCUUCGGUGAUCCAUCCAAAUUACAAAACAAAAAUUAUCCAAACACAUGUGCCGACUUCUGCAAGCAGUUGAAGAAUGUACUAAUGUCCGACUACUUCACGAAAUUAUUUAAGGAAUGUGACAAAUUCCUCUUCAUCAUCCGAGCACCCUUCAUCUGGCUCAACGUCGCCCUCUGGUCACUAUCCCUCUUCUACCUCCUCCACGUCAUGGUCAUCCGCCUAGACCUCCUCCACUUCAAAUCGCAUUUGCAUAGUCCCUCGAGUCAUAGGAUAGCUGCUCAAUCACUGCUUGCCGCUGCACGUGUUAACAAACUGGGGAGGGUGUUUUAUCUGCAACCAUAA